GCUCUCAGCCAGGCGCAUCAAUGUCGCUCGUCGGCCCCCCAGCGUCCCACAACGAAGUUCCCCUCACCAGGGAGAUGCUCAUCGACCUCCUUGGUGACAUGUCCGAGCAGAUCAGGCUCGUCUUUGGCUGCAAGAUCAGGCUCUUCGUCCAUGGUGGAGCCGUCAUGAUCCUCCACCCCUCCCUCUCCCAGCAGAGCAGAAGGCGGACAACCCGCGACGUCGACUACAUCAGGCGCGCCUUCGGCCACGAAUGGCGCAAGAUGGGUAUCCACGACGCUGAGACGAAGCUUCAAAUAUGCAUCAAUGCGACUGCGCUCCGCUUUAGAAUAGGCUCUGACUGGAUGAACGCAGACCCCGAUGUUGCCCUCCCCUUUGCCCGAAAUGCAAAUGCAGAGGUGUAUGACCCGAUAUACCACGACUCGAAGCAGCCCAACAAUGUCUCCAUGAACGCCGUCUUCGACUCGCCCUUCCUCACGCUCAUCGCCGUCACCCCGUUCUGGGGCGUCGCCCUCAAGCUCGUGCGGUACAAGAAGGAGGACCCCUCCGACAUCGCCGCCCUCCUCCGCCACGGCACCACACUCAACGGCGUGCAGUGGACGCCUGAGAUUCUCGAGAGCUGGCUCACGAGGCUGUGCUGGCCGAUGGGCUACAACCAGUACCAGGGUCAACAGCUCGGCGAGCUCCGCGACCGGAUCCGCGAUGCGGUGCGCAACGCGCAGGCAUACGACGCCGCGCACGGGACGAGCGACAUGCAACUUGUCUCACAGGCGCAGAUACAACCCCCUGCCCCGCCGGCGUCGGCCGACCCCUUCGGUCACGGACGUAUGUCACUACAUUCGAAUAUGUUCAUGCAGGUCCAAGGACCGGGGCCCAUUCCCAUCUCGCCCACGCCAGCCCCUCAGCCCAGCACCCAGUCUUUCCCAUGGGGCGCACCCUCGCAGCCACCACCACCUCCGGCUGCCCAGCACCAGCCGUCAAGCUGGGAACAGCAACAGCCGCCGGUGGUCCAGUCCCUCCAGCCAUGGCACAGCUCCUCGCACGUACCCUCGCCUCCGGGGUUCGUCCCCGAAAAACGCUCCUCAAGACACCGCGAGUCGCGUCGUCAUCGAACGCCCUCGCCUGCUCCUCCGUCUGUGACGUCGAUGCGCGUCUCUGACCACUGGCCAGGACAUGGAUCGUCGCACUCACAUUCACACUCGCAUUCGCAUCCGCAUUCCCACCCGCACUCGCACCUGGCAGCACCACCCAUCAUGUCCUUUGUAUCAUGACUCCGGCUUCGACGACGUUCUACAGCCGCAAAUAAUAUCGAUCGCCUUCUCGAUCCACCACGAUCGAUCGCCUUGCUCUUUGCUCCUUGCCUUUUGCUUCAUUGAUCUGAACUCUGAACCCGAACUCAACAUUAUACCAUCCACGCCCUAUGACGCACGCUCUCAAUAUCCGAUAUCACCCGCCGCACAUGCACUAUUCAGCCAUUACCCCAUCAUAGAAAGUGCACGUGUAUUCUCAAGUGAUACCAUGCAUUCUUCAUUUCCUUGUUCCCUCGUUUCUUCAUUUCUUCGCUCUCGAUCUCAUAUGACUCUCUCGUGGCUCCCGCAAAUCGACUCUUGUAACCAAUAUUGCCUCGUGUACCUGCCUGUAACGCUACCCAUCUGCUUCGUUCGCUCUGCUAGACCUUGCUCUGCUCUUGCUUCCCGUCUCCCUUCUAUUAGGGUCUUUAUAAUAUUGUCUCCC